AUGUCAAAUUUUACCACUUUUCAGACACUCACGCUCAUGUUCCUCAUGCUUUUGGGAGGCAAGGUUUUUGUCUUGGCUUUGGAACUGGCCUAUACGAGGAAGUUCAAGACAGUGGUAUUCCCUGUCAGCCAUAGCCAUGAUGAACAGAAUAAGGGUAGAGAAUUAGAAGCAGCAGAGAAUCACAUUCUGCUGCAAAUACAGGAGGAAAAUGAUUCUGCUGUGAAAAAUCCUCUGGAUCCCCCACCCACAUUGAAAAAAAGCAUGGUUUCAAGAUCACCCACUAGUGGCAGGAACUGCAAAUCAGAAGGAGACGUGUUCGCCAGGCUUAGAGAGCAAAGGAGAAUGAGUAUUAACAGCAAAAUCCCAGAGCUUCAAAUGGUGUUACAGGGUACCCAACAAAAUAAUGACCAUAAAAAGAGUCAUGAAACUGAUGAUCCAGCCUUAAAGCUACAGUCCCAGGCCCUCAGGUAUUAUAACUACAUCGUCAUCUGUUACUUAAUUGUCGUUCAGCUUGUUGGAAUCAUUUUGGUGAUCAUUUACUUGAAUACAAAUCCUGACUCACAGAAGCCUCUCAGAGAAAGGGGCAUCGACUCAACUUUGUUUUCUGUGUUUAUCACAGUUUCUUUCUUCGCCAAUUGUGGGUAUGUACAAUUGAAUGAAGGCCUGGUGCCGUUUCAGCAAUCCCCAGGGCUUCUCUGGCUGUUAGUAAUUCAGAUGGCCCUUGGGAAUACCAUGUUUUGGCCCUCUGUAAGAUUAUUAACAUGGGGAUUAAGCCGUCUGAGGAUGUUCACAACAGGUACGCAGGCUAGGGCGUUGCAGUAUAUCUUGAAUAACCCUCAGAAAUUAUUGCCUUUUGGGUUUAAGCAAACGAUGUGGAUUGUAAUGGCGGAGUGGGGAUUGAACAUUGUUCAGUUGGGAUUUUUGAGUGCUCUGCAGUGGAACACAAGUGUUUUUCAGGGCCUCACUUGGACCCAGAGAUUCUCAACCGCUGUUUUCCAGACAUUUUCUACUCGCACCACAGGCAUUAACGCUGUAAAUAUGGCGGAUUUAUCUCCUGCAAUUAUUUUCAUUUACGCUCUCGUCAUGUAUAUACCAUCAGAGGUUGGACUGAAGGAAACAUCAGCUUCAUCUAGCUCUUGUGUAGAAACCAAGGAUGAGGGUAAUUUUUUAAGCAUACAAAUUCAGAAAACGUUGUUCCAGCGAUCGGUGGCGUUGUUGGCAAUCACAGUUGUGAUCUGCAUAACUGAGAAUCAUAACGUGGUUCACGACCCAAUAAAUUUUUCCAUUUUAAAUAUGAUUUUUGAAACCAUCAGUGCAUAUGGCAACGUGGGGCUAUCUGUUGGGUAUAGUUGCAGGCUCCGGAGGAAUGAGGAUGGAGCAUGCGAAGAUGUUCCGUACAGUCUAUCUGGAAAGUGGAGUGUGAUGGGAAAGCUUUUAUUACUACCGCUCAUGCUGUUGGGCAGGUUUUGA